AUGAACAGUAAGUGUUGCGAAAACAAGAAACCAGGGAAAACAAAAGGGCGGCAAAGGACUGAGUUCAAGCAACUUAAAAGGAAAAACAACUUGCAUGUGACUUUCACGAAGUGCCGGAAUGGUCUCUUCAAGAAAGCAAGCGAGAUUCGCAUUUUGUGUGGUGCAAAAAUCGACAUUAUCUUGAAGGAGUUGGAGAAGGAAAAGAAGCGCGAAAAGGUGACAGAAGAGGCAAAGAAAGCGGGAAAUAAUGGUGGGUUGUGGUGGGAUAUUGAGGCUAUUGAUGGUAUGGGGGUGGAGGGGCUUGAGGCCUAUAUGAAGGCUAUGGAGAACCUGAAGAAUAAUCUGAUGAUGAGGGCUAAUGGCCUGACGAUGGCUAAUGUUAUGGACACUGCUGCCCAUGCUGAUGAUCAUGGUUAUGGCUUUGGCUUUGCUCAUGAUCAAAGGUUUUGGGGCCACAUAGUGAAAAAUAUUAUUUCAAUGCUAGACAUUGUUAGAUGA